AUGAGACGACUCUGGAAAUUGCCCAAAGCCCACCGCGAGUCAGCUCUACGGACUUCCUCUCCCCCCCCUCCACCCUCCGCAUUUGCCUUCAUUCAUGGCAACUCCCAGGGCGCCUCAGCAGCGGUGGCCGAGCUCUCGGGCAUUCUCGGGGCGGCGCUGGAGCAGAUGGACCUGGACGGUGACCUCGAUGUUCAAAUCAAAGCGCUGACGGCCCGACUGGACGAGGAGGCCUCCACUUAUGACAACUCCCAGCUGGGGCAUGAGCAAAGCAAAAACGGAUGGACAUGCUCGCAGGAACAUGCACGUCUAAUUUCCAUAGCCUGGAAAUGCGCCGACGAUUCGUAUAAUGCGAUAUCGAUCACGUCCCCCCUUGCUUUCGAGGACUACACCUUCACUCGGGACCAUAUAACUACGCCGUCGAUAGAUGAUGGGACGGUCAAGGCGGUGGCAUUCACAAUCGUGGAUCGCGCAGGAUUGUCUGGGAACGGUCUAUUUCCCUUGCUGGUAGUUGCUGUCAGAGGUACUGGCAAUGCUAUAGAUCAUAUGGUCGAUGUGAACAGCACCCCACGGAAUGCAGACAUUUUCAUUGAUGCAUCACGCCUGCGACACGAAGAUCCCUCGUCUGGUACCGUCCUACUAGCCCACUCCGAGUUUCUACAGAGCGCAAUAGCACUAGAGUCAAUUGUUUCAGACAGGCUCAGCAGCUAUGCGCGCCAGAGUGGAACGCAACGAUGCCAUGUCCUCUUCACUGGCCAUGCUGCGGGAGGCGCCGUGGCCUCGUUACUGUAUCUCCGAUAUAUCUCACGGGAACGUUCGGUUUUUUCAAUGCGUUUCUCGUGUGUCACCUUUGGUGCGCCGCCAACGGUUACACUGCCUAUGAUGGGCAAAGAGAUGGCAUCAGACUUGCCUAGUGAAUUAUGCCUCAAUAUCAUCAACGAAUGUGACAUUGCAAGCAGAGCUGAUAAACCAUUCAUACUGUGUCUAGUGAAUCUCCUGCGGUCAUUGUAUGACCAGCCUCCUAUAUCAAUGGACGAUGCCGCCUAUUCCUACCCAGCAUUUGAAGUCUCUGGUACUGGGCAUAAUUGGCCCGUGCCGCACUCGAUAUUCAGUCACGUUGGGCCUCGUGUUAUUCUUUCAACGCAGCUCAACGACACCCAGGAAGAUUCUAUGCACUUGCGUGCCGCGAUGGUCUCACGGGCGGAGUUUGAGAAGUUAUUAUUUUGCCGUGUCUCCGUGCAUCAACGAAAAAGCUACGCGAAUAGGGUGAAAAUGAUCGCCAAGGGUCUAUACAAUGGGCUACCAGUUCCGGACGCCGUGAAGUGA